CGUGCUGACGGCAGUCUUUGAAGAAAAAAACAGGAUCGUGGCCUCCAAGCCUGAUGAUGACGGAUAAGCUCGCAUAAUACAAUCCAAAGCGCAUGGGUCACAAGCAAACUUUUUUCUGGCCUCUAACACUGCUAUUCUGUUUUUUUUUCUCUUUUUUUGGUGCAUUAUUAGUCUGAUGAAACUUCCAGUGACCUUCUGUGAAAGCGGAAAGGGUAACACGAGGUUACUCAUGAGUUAUAUCUUGAGAAGCGUCAAGGCAGUUCGGCGUACUGCAAUAGCAUAGGACAAAGGACACGGCACUUAUUUCCAUGAAUGUCAAACGAUACAAAUGUGACAAGAGGAUGGUACACGAGACUCGUCAAUCACGCUUACGUAGCUUGUUUACGCGAAAGCUGUCCAAAAGUGAAAGUUCAAUCGUGUCGCAUUUGCUCUUCGAAGAAAAUUUUGAACUUACACUUUCUUUUCCCCAAGAAUGCGUUGUCCAGUUCGUACACUCAGGAUUUGGCAGGAAUAACGCCUCCAACUAAGUUAACUAGCAUACGGCGAUGAUUAUACGUAUGACUCAAGUUAUAUGAAGAAUGUCGCUCGUACGGCACGAAAAAAAAUACUACUCUCUUCCACGCUGAAGGAGCUACAAUCAGUGGUUUUUUCAUUAAGUCGCCUGACCUACUUCCGCCAAUAUGGUGCCCGCACCCAUAGGCAAACUUAUGGUUCUGGCGAUCGGAACAAGCAUGUGGCUCUGGCUCAAGACAUACGUCAAUGUGCAAAUUUUUUUGUACGGCGAGGGUAUUCUCAAACCACUGGACAGGUUGGAGCCAGAAGACUUCAUGAACAAUUCGUAUGGAGAACAUAAAUACGUAAAUUUGACGAACAUUACUCUUCAUUAUGUGAAGAAGGGGUGCAUGAAGAAUGACACAGACAAGCCUAUGUUACUUUUCCUGCAUGGAUUUCUCGACUUUUGGUACUCUUGGAACAGGCAAAUACCCAGUCUUGGAGAAGACUUUUGCGUUGUUGCACCAGACUUGCGUGGCUAUGGUAACACUACAAGACCUGAGGACACCGCCCAAUACUUGAUGCCAAAUCUCAUCAAAGAUGUAAAGGGACUGCUUGAACACCUAAAUUCAAACCGCACAAGAAAGGUGGUUCUCGUUGGUCAUGACUGGGGAGGCAUGAUCAGCUUCUGCUUUGCGACAUUGCACGAGACCUUGAUCGACGGAAUGGUGAUCAUCAACGGCAUGCAUCCGAUGGCAUUUGCAAAAGAACUGUUUCGAAGCGUGAGGCAAAUGAGAAUGUCCUGGUACCAACUUCCAUUUCGACAUCCCGUUAUUCCCGAGCGGUAUUUGAUAAUGCGGGAUUUCCAGUUCUUUGACAAAGCGCACAGAGGUUUCACUGAAAACGAGACAUACGCCCACAAGUACAUGUUUUCGCAGAAGGGUGCGCUGACCGGUGCCAUAAGCUACUACCGUGCCUUCAACAACGACAGUGAUCAACUACGGAAGCUGCCGUACAAGAAGAUUAACGUUUCCACUUUGAUUUUGUGGGCAGAGGAAGAUGCAUUCAUUAUGACUCCGAUCGCCAGGUAUAACCAAGAGUGGUUGAACAUGUCAAACGUCGUGUACUACAGAGGCGCAGGCCACUGGCUACCCAGAGAAUGCUCCACGCAGGUAACUGAGCGAAUUCGUAAAUUUGCAAUGAAUAUCACGAAAAACACAACAGUGAGAAUAGAAGUGAAACCAGAGAGCAUGUCGGGAACGUGUGAAGAAGCCAGCUUUCCAAAGCGGCGGGGAUGGUUGUCCAUAUUGUUUCCAUGGCUUCCCCGUAAUGCCAGGCUUCCCAAACCAAUGAGACAAUAAAAAAGGACCGGCUUUCACAUGCACAUCGACGAAUGGUCCCCGCAAUAGCGAAAUAAAAGCAACGUUUUAGAACGCACGCAUAUUUAUGUAGAACUUCAAAAAAAGCACAUAAACCCUGCUGUCUUCAGAGAACGUUCGAUCAAGGAAUGUUACAACUACGUGUUAUCAUUAUUACCAUAUUCUAAUCCUCCUAAGCCUCCUAAUUACCGUAAUAUGUGUUUUGGCUGGCAAACACUGAUUCACUUAUCGGUGUCCAACAUCCUGGCUUGUGAAUUUCUGUGCGACUGCACGUAAUUGUAUACCAUCUAAAAGUCAAAUAAAAUUUUUAAUUAUA